AUGAGUAAUGAUUGGCCAAUCAAAAGAGAAGAGAGUGACAUCACUUUCCUUUUAUGGAUUUUAGAUAAAGGACACCACUGUACACAUUCUGGAAUGGAGUCAGGGUUCCAACAGCGCAGGCUGCUUUCCCUUGAUGAGGCCUACCAAGCAACUGCAGACUUCCUGCCUGGCAGUGAAGCAGGGAUGUUAUUUGUUGCCAUAUCAACCAUUUGUGCUUCCAUGGUGAUUGUGAUAGCGUUAGCUCUGUGCGUGUGUGGGAAGAAAGAAGGAGAUAAAAAUCUAGAGUUGAAGACUGUGACCCCAAGAGUUGAUAGGAGGUCAUCAAGAGAUAAUGAUAUUGUGGACUCAGCAAAUCUCCAAAUUGAAGUAGAGGGGGCUAAAAGACAGAGUAAUGGAUCUGCAACACAUGAACAUAUCAGAGAAAAUGUUUCAUCAAACAGCAAUGAUAAACACAGGGCUGAGUCAACCAAGUCAGCCACUAUUGCUCGCAGACUUCCCGAGAUCCCUGGAGUCCAUACACCCCUCAGUGGCUCAGAUGAUGCCGUUUUUGAGGGUAGAGAAGAGAACUAUUACAGUAUACCAAAAGACUAUCCUCAAAAUAUUGGCAAACAGGCAGCUGAGAGGUCCAGUGCUAUUCCUGCAGGUGUUGAUGAUGAUAAGGAUGAUAGCAUUAUUGAUCCAUAUAAUACAGUGAAAGAUGACACUAGUGAGACAGCUGGUGACUCUGCAAGUGGGGCUGUUGGAGGAGUAGACCCAAAAUACACUAGAGUCAAAGGAGAGCCCCCCUAUGCCAAAGUGAAAGGAGAGCCUCCAUAUUCGAAAGUGAAGGGUGAACCUCCAUACUCCAAGAUUAAAACAGAUACUUCCAAGAAUGACACUGGUGAAGAGGACCCCGACUAUGCCACAACAGAAGAUGACUAUGCUGCUAUUACUCCACCCCCUGUACCCAACAGAGGAUAUCUUGACUCUAGCCCCCUACAACAACCCCCCAGAUCCACGAGCCCAAACUUACCAUCUAGAAAUCUCAACCCCCACAUUCCAGCAGCUAAUCUACCCCUCAGUUCCUCUGCUCCUCAGGGAACAAGUUCAGUGACGGACCAGGAGAGGGAGCCACCAUACAAUCAAGUAACAGUACGUGAGUCGUUGCAGAGUAUCCGUGAGCGUCAACAGGAACAGCUCAGGGAGGCCAACUCACGUACUCUUAGUAAUGUGGAUGAAGAUUAUGCCUCUGUAGAUGCUGACAAAGUAAAGAGUGAAGACAGUAUCCCAUUUGUCACACCCCCUCUAUCAGAUUUAAACAGAACUAGCCAGUACAGUGCCAGCGAGGUGUAUGCUGAAAUAUCCCCUAACUCAGGUGAGAACUCCAACCGUAGCUCGUUGUAUGCAGGUAUCCAGGACUCUGCUGUUAGCUCAUCGGCCAAUGAGAAACCUGCUAGUAGAAGUAAAGAUGACACAGAUAUUGACCCUAGAUAUGAUGUGAUCAGUCGUCCAAAGAGUAGUGUGGCAUCCAGCAGCUUCCCAAGUCCGCAGCUUGAUCCAUCAGGGUCCCCUCUGUACUCAGAAAUAGACAAAUCUAAGAAAUCAAGAAAGACAAUACAUAUCGAUGACCACGCCAGGUUGAGCCAAGGUGCCAGCAGUAACAUGCCUUUAUAUUCUGUUGUAAACAAACCGAGGAAAAGUCGCUUGGCUCCUGGGUAUGAUAACCAUAUUCCUCAAGCUAGAGCAUCACCACCAGAUUCUAUGUCAAAAACAGAACAUAAUAAUGGAGGGGUUGAUAUGACCUCUGUAGCUAAACGACACCCGGGACUAGAAGGUAUUGAUGUCCCGGGCUAUCAGACUGUGUCAGAUGUAGAGCGAGUAAGGAUGCGUGGAACUGGAGAUCACGUAGAUUCUGAGACAGGUGAUCCAGGAUAUGACUGUGUUCGACCUCUUAGUGAUAUGUCCCAGUCAAGCACUGGAAGCAGUAAUAGAUUGUCCCAGAAUGAGAUGGUACAUAUAGACUCUCACCAUGUCCCAGACACGUUCUGGCAGAAAUCUGAACAUUUGUAUCAGGAGAUACCUGCUGACUCUAGUCGUAAACCAUCCAAACAUAAACAUAAGGAAAAGAAGAAAGGAAGUUGGAGGAGCAGUAGGAGAAAGGAUAAAGGUGCAUCUCAUUAGGAUAAGGUAUCCAUAAAAUUUGGGUGGGGUAUCUAUCAUAUUGGGGUGGGGUAUCUAUCAGAUUUAAGUGUUGUCUUAAACAUAUUUGCAUAAGGUACCGACUGUUUCUUUUUAUGAUGGGUAAUGGGUAUCCAUCACAUUGGUGUACUCUUGACACUAUUUUCGAAUAUUCAUCUCAUUAGGUUUGGUAUCCAACACAUUAGAGUGAGUAUCCAUCACAUUAGUGUAUCCUUGACACUAUGUUGGGGUAUUUAUCACAUUAGGUUGAGUAUUCAUCACAUUAGGUUGGGUAUUCAACACAUUAG